GUUGGAAGCUCUCUCCGCAUUUCUGCUGAAUGAAUUCUGGCCUCGGUGACGGAACGUCUUUUCUCGGUCGUACUAGUGGUUGGUGAGUCGAGCGCUCAAUGCUGCCGCCAUGAUACUUCCUCAGGGUUCACUUUUCAUUGCGAGCAUCGCUGCAUGCUCGACCGUGGUAGCUGCUGCGGGUGAUACCUCGUCUCGACCCCGGGGUGUCGGACCUGAGUUCGCAAAAUUCUACAAAGACACCACAACUUUCACAUGUAUCUCCCAUCCCGCGAUUCAGAUUCCAUUCUCUGCUGUAAACGAUGAUUACUGUGAUUGCCCCGACGGUAGUGAUGAACCCGGCACGUCAGCCUGCGCUCAUCUGUCCCGCAACUCAGCAUUAACAGUUGCCGACCGACCCGGGAACAAUGAUCUCGAGCUCGUCUCCGCACUUCCAGGGUUCUACUGCAAGAACAAGGGCCACAAGCCAUCCUACGUUCCGUCUCAACGAGUCAAUGAUGGAGUUUGCGACUACGAGCUUUGCUGUGAUGGAAGCGACGAGUGGGCACGGGUAGGCGGCACCAAGUGUGAGGACAAAUGCAAAGAAAUCGGCAAGGAGUGGCGCAAAAAGGAAGAAAAGAGGCAAAAGUCCCUGACGGCCGCUCUCAAGAAGAAGCGAGACCUCCUGGUGGAUGCGGGCAGGCAACAAAAGGAGGUUGAGGACCAGAUCAAGAAUCUGGAAGUGACCAUCCAAGCCCAGGAGGUCAAGGUCAAGAAUUUGCAGGCUCAGCUAGAGAAGGCCGAGCAAGAAGAAAAAAGCAAAGUGGUGAGAGGUAAGAAGGUUGGCAAGGUCAAUGUCUUGGCGCAGUUGGCCAAGGGUCGAAUCGAGGAGCUUCGAGAUGCAUUGGUGGAUGUCCGCAAGGAGAGAGACAAUACUCGUGCACGAGUGAAAGAGCUUGAGGAGAUUUUGUCCAAGUUCAAGGUUGAGUACAACCCGAACUUCAACGACGAAGGCGUGAAGCGUGCGGUGCGCAGCUGGGAAGAUUAUGCCGUCAGAGGAACUCUUGAGAGUGCUACGAACGCGGCCGAAGAUCGUGAUCUGGACGAGUUGGUCAAGCCGGAUAGUGCCCAGGCUGGUAUCAAUUGGGAGCAAUGGGAGAACGAAGACGAGGUCUGUGAGGCCGAUACCGCUUUUGUCUACCAGCUGGCAGCCUAUCUGCCUCCAUCAUUGGUCGAGCUCAUCGAGACUAAGGUGUAUUCCGUCCGUGCUUUUCUGGAGAAUAACGGUAUUUUGCCUAAGAAGAAGGAGCCUACAAUGUCCGAAUCCAAGGUUGUAUCAGACACCCGGGAAGCCGUCAAGUCAGCCGAGAAGGAACUUGAAGACUGGCGGAAACAGCUGGAGACCCACAAGUCUGAUCUCGAGACAGACUAUGGUCUUGCAUCCAUCUUCCGUGCACUGAAGGGCGUGUGCAUAUUGAAGGACUUUGGCGAGUACACCUACGAGCACUGCUUCCUGGAUCAAACGAAACAAAUCCCCAAGAAAGGUGGUGGUUCGAUGCGGAUGGGCAAGUACUCUGGCAUUGGGUCCGUUAGUGUGGAUGUGCUCAACGAGUCUGGAGAUGUUAUUCCUGAGGAGAAGGUUGCUCUGCAUUACACCAAUGGACAAACCUGUUGGAACGGACCGGCACGAUCAACGACGGUGGUCUUGGAGUGUGGUGAGGAAAACGAGAUCUUGAAGGUGGCCGAGGAUGAGAAAUGCGUCUACUCGAUGCUUGUGACCACGCCGGCUGUCUGUCCCGGCGGUGAAGAAGUGAAUGCUGCCCCGAGGAGCAAAGAUGAGCUAUGAGAGAUUGUACUCUAACAUAUUUGUGAAUCAUAUAUGGGUGUUAGUGCAUAGUAGAGGAUGUUUUUUGUUACAUUUAACUACAGC